AUGUCUUAUAGAAACCCCAAUGUGGAGAAUCCUCAAGACCAAGUGUAUCCUCCAAGGUAUCCACAACAACAAAGACCUCCUUACCAAUCUCAAGGAAGUCAAUUUCAGCCAAGGCAAGGAUAUGAGCAGAGAUCAUCAUAUCCGCCCAAGGAGCCAUAUGCUUCUUCACCAAAUCAAGCUCCUCCAAACCAACAAGGUGGAAGAUUUGAAGGAAUCCUCCAACAGAUCAUGGAUGGCCAGAAGAGAAACACUAAAGAGAUGUAUGAGAAGAUGGACACUUUGUUCAGCAAUCUCAACACCAAGUAUGAUGCUGUUGCCACUCAUGUGAAGAAACUAGAGACUCAAGUCACUCAAACUAUGGAAGCUGUUAAGAGACAGGAAGCUGAAUCCAAGAAGUCCUUUUGCAACUCAGCUGCCAUAGAAGAAAGAUUUGAAGACCAAGUUCCAGAAUGGAUGCUUUCAAAACCUACUGUUGAUUGCAUGAUUUGGCCUGAAGAGUGA